UCAAAGAAAUAAGUUACAUUCCAUCUGGCUUUGCGUAAAGUUGGCAUACUUCAUGUACAGCGCCCCGCAAAGAAUCCCUUUGCAUUUUCCACCAGUUUCGCAUGAACCAAAUCUUAAGAUCUUUUGCAGUAGUCGAACCUUCAACUUGUUUACCUGGUUUUCUCGAAUUUCCCAAUCAGCUAGUCUCCGCGUUCUCCUGCACUGUUCUCCGUCAUCCAGCGGUACUGCCGCGCUGAGAUCGAUUGAACCAUCUCCACCUUAGGACUACCUUAUUGGACAGAUCAAGGAUAGCCCUGAGGAUUGGCAUUAAGAUAGGAUCCUACCAUAAAAUCCAACCUCAUAUGACAAAUUGACUUGACUUUCAAUAUGACGGCCGGCUCGGAGGGAAAGAUUGGCAUCUUUGUGGGUAUAUUGGUGAUCGGAUUCUGCGCCUGGUGGAGCCUGGAUGACGAGAAUGAUCACGUUGUGCGGGUCCUGCGGAGACCUCCGGAUAACGAGUAUGAUUAUAUCAUAGUUGGCGCUGGUACAGCAGGAUGCGUGCUAGCCAACAGGCUGAGCGAGGACCCCGAGACUAGCGUCCUCUUGAUAGAGGCUGGUGGUGAUGGGACACAUCCUAGCCUGGAGGUCCCAGGUGAUGCUCGCAGUAUGCUGCACACGACUCAUGAUUGGAAGUACCGAACCGUGAGGCAACCGAGAGCGUGUCAAGGCAUGACCAACCAGUCGUGUCAGUGGCCCACAGGGAAGACCCUGGGUGGCACAAGCGCCAUUAACGGGAUGGUGCACGCUCGGGGAAGUCGUCAUGACUUCGAUGGCUGGGAGAAUAUGGGAGCAAGAGGCUGGAACUACGAGGAGGUGCUACCGUACUUCAUCAAGUCAGAGAACAUGCAAGAUCCGGAGUUAUCGAAAUCCCCCUACCACGGAACCUCCGGACCAAUGAAGAUAACCGUCACCAAGGUGUCACCAAUUGGAGAUUACUUCUACGAAGCUGGCCUCGAACUCAACAUGUCCUCCGGGGAGGACUACAAUGGCGCAGAACUCGAAGGUAUUCAUUACGCCCAAACCAAUAUAUUUGAGGGCAAAAGAGCGAGCACCUCUAGGAUGUACCUCUAUCCUGUCAUGACAAGGGAUAACUUACACGUGGUGGUACACGGGCAUGUCACGAAGAUCCUUUUUAAAGGCACUGCUGCCAUCGGUGUAGAAUACAUGCUGAAGAAUGGCACGAAGAUAUCAGUGAUGGCGGGUAAAGAAGUCAUCGUUUCAGCUGGGGCCAUCGGGAGUCCACAUCUACUCUUGUUAUCUGGUGUUGGACCCAAGGAGCAAUUGUCAAGGUUAGGCAUUCCAGUUGUCGCAGACCUCCCCGUUGGCCAGAACCUCCAGGACCAUGUGUGUACAUGGGGGCCCGAGGUCCUUAUAUCUCAACCUCUAUCCAUCCUUGAGGAGGACAUAGAUACAUUCGGAGUCAAGUUUGAAUAUCAGAUGUAUAAGACAGGAAUGAGGGCCAAAGGUUAUGGCUUGGACAACCUGAUCUGGCUCAGAACCAAGUAUCAACAGGAACUCUGGCCGGACAUCCAAAUCCAUAUCAUCCCUGAACUGGCGGGAACCGAUAAGAAAGGUGUCACCAUGAAGAAGUUCUUUGGUUUUGAUGCUGAGCUAUGGGAACAAUAUUACAACCACCGUCGAGGCAAGCAUGGCUUCACCCCCAUGAUCAGCCUGACACGGCCAAAGUCCAAGGGCUACCUCCGGCUUAAAACCAAGGAUCCAAAGGACCAUCCAAUCAUUGAUCCGAAUUAUUAUGCAGAUGACGACGACGUCAAGAGAAUUAUUGAAGGCAUCAAAUUCCUUGAGAAAGUGAUCAGCACAGAAUGGAUGCAGAAGAUAGGCUCGAGGAUGCGGGAUGAUGAGACUAAGUUCCCCGAUUGUUACGAGUUUGACGCUGGUACUGAGCCUUACUGGAGGUGUGUGAUUGCCAGGAUCUCUGCUAGUCUAUUCCACUACACCAGUACCUGUAAGAUGGGAGCGCCAAAUGAUCCGACCGCAGUUGUUGACCCAACACUGAGAGUUCGAAGCCUUCGCAACCUUCGAGUGGUUGAUGCGUCUGUCAUGCCGUUCGUCAUUUCUUCUGGAACCAAUGCAGCCACGGUUAUGAUCGCAGAGAAAGCUGCUGAUAUGAUGAAGGGAAUCAGCACGGUCAAGAAGGUUGAUCUACCCAAGACCUCGUAGUCGACAAACAGCGAUUAUGUGCUGCUGAUAUGAUAAAGGGAGUCAGCACAGUCAAGAAGGUUGAUCUACCCAAGACCUCGUAGUCGACAAACAGCGAUUAUGUGCUGCUGAUAUGAUAAAGGGAAUCAGCACAGUCAAGAAGGUUGAUCUAUCCAAAGACCUCGCAGUCAACAAAUAGCGAUGAUGUUCUUGAAUACUCUAUUAUACACAAUCAACGGAAAGGUUUACCGAAAUAGUGGCCCUCCCAUCUCGAUUCGUGUUGGUCUUAAUUGCCCCCUGAACUAAUCUGAUAAAACUUGCGGGCUUUCGGUUUACCACUUUACUGUCAAGGUAAACACUUUUGUCGAUUUUGAUCGGGCGAUGCUGUUGUUAAGCUUUUGUCAAGGCUCUUGAGCACAGCGUCUCAUCGGAACAAUGUUAUAUCAGCGUAAUACAGAGAAAUUGAUUUUGAGGAUUGUGACUCAUCAAAUGACCAUCAUUAUUCCAGCUACAGGCCCGCACUUUCCCAGGAUGCAGAGGAAUUUGGGUGUACGCUAUACCACCACGUAGAUGCAACAUAGUCAAUUAAUCCUAAGAUAUGCAUGCAUGUUGACCAGACACUUUGUGCAUCCAACCAAGGGAUCUAUACCUACAUCACGUAUUUAUCAUUAUAGUUAAAAAUCAGCGAAAUAAUUCAUACCCAUCACCCUGCAGUGCCACUGAUGACACUUAUUGCCACCAGUGGGCCACUGUUGGCUCACUGGUGGCAAUGCUAAUCAAGGGGUCGGACCGAAUCAUCGGCCCAUCCGGUGAAUUCCAGCGGUGGUCCACCGAUUGUUGCUACCUGGGUUAUGUCCCAGCUACUUGCAGUCUUGCCAAAGUGCCAUAUAAUUUGUUCAGCAGUUCAUCUUUGUGAUAUUUAUUUAUAAGCAUUGUAUUAAGUAGCUUUCGUAUUUAGUAUAACGGUAUUUCUCAAGCUUCUUUCUAUAUCUUUUUAUAUCCAUUCAGGAUGUGGUGUUGUCAUUUUGUUGCAUAUUUUGGCGAGGAUGAACUAGAUUCUCCCUAUUUGAUAUCUCUGUGCCAACGCUUUAUGGAAGCCGGAUGUAAUGGUGUCAGAGCCGCCUUGAUUCGGGAUCUCUUUUUGCCUUUUAAUAAAUCUGUUUCUUUAUUUGCAAAGCA